CUCUAGACUGAAAGUACAGAUAGAAUGUCUGAUCCCAAGCAGCAAAGUCCCUGAACAAACUACUGAUAAGCUCAGUCAAGGAGAGCAAACACACAGUGUGUGGAGUAUAAAUAGACCCCUUGUACUCUGAUCUGGGAAUGAAGUCACAGCCCGGUCACAGGUAAGAGGGUCCCAUCUUCCCCUGCUAUAAAUUUACUAAGCUGCAGCUUCACCAGGAGCAAGCUGGCAGGCCAUUAAAUUACUCUCAACCAUCCUUGUUUUCCCCUGGAAGCAGACUCAGCUUUUCCUAGGCUGGCAGCAGGUAAUGGGACUGGUAGUCCUUAUCAUCUCUAAUGCUGGCGACAGUGCUGGGGCAGGCAGAACUGUUUAUUACAAACCCCCAUCUUCAUACUGUUUAUAAACCUCAGAUUAAUUUUACUAUGUGUCCGUGAGCUAUCUUUUUACUUGUUCAAUAAUAUUGGCAUAUAUAAAGUGGGCAUUUUCAUUGCAGAAUACUGGAGGACUAUUUGCUAUUUAUUAUAGUGAGAAUUCAAAGUGAAUUUAAAAUUUAAGGCCAGAAUUACUGAACUGAAAUGAAAGCUGAAUGACUUAGAGAUGUUUUCAGUUUUAGCUAUUUUGGCCUUAAAUUUGAAAUUCACUUUGAGUUCGCCAUGAAUUGUCCCCUUUGUAAAUAACCCUGACAGUAUAUCUGCACAAAUUCCGUCCUUGGCUGCAGUAACAGAUUUAAUUUAGGAAGGGGCCGGUGGAUGAAGAGAAAUGGUGAAUGGAGUGCUAAUCUCUGGCUCCUGGAUGCUGCCUAUUACAUUUUAUCAAAUGUAGACCACAACAACUGGAGUACCAAGAGACUCUCUAAGCACCAUAACCACCACAGCUAGAGUACCAAGAGAUGCUCUAAGCACCAUAACCACAACAACUGUUUAGUGUAUGAUUACAGCUUAUUGUAUGAUUACAUUUCAUUGGAUUAUUAUUACAAUAGGUUAUUGUAUUAUUACAGCUCAUUGUAUCAUUACAGCUCAUUGUAUUAUUACAGGUUACUGUAUUACAGCUCAUUGUAUUAUUACAGCUCAUUGUAUUAUUACAGGUUACUGUAUUACAGCUCAUUGUAUUAUUACAGCUCAUUGUAUUAUUACAGGUUACUGUAUUACAGGUUAUUGAAGUAUUACAGCUUAUUGUAUCAUUACAGCUCAUUGUAUUAUUACAGCUCUGUGUAUUAUUACAGCUCAUUGUAUUAUUACAGGUUACUGUAUUACAGCUCAUUGUAUUAUUACAGCUCAUUGUAUUAUUACAGGUUACUGUAUUACAGGUUAUUGAAGUAUUACAGCUUAUUGUAUCAUUACAGCUCAUUGUAUUAUUACAGCUCUGUGUAUUAUUACAGCUCAUUGUAUUAUUACAGGUUACUGUAUUACAGCUCAUUGUAUUAUUACAGCUCAUUGUAUUAUUACAGGUUACUGUAUUACAGGUUAUUGAAGUAUUACAGCUUAUUGUAUCAUUACAGCUCAUUGUAUUAUUACAGCUCUGUGUAUUAUUACAGCUCGCUGUUUUGUUGCCGUUUUUUCCCUGUUACAGUUUAUUACAGAUUAUUGUGUCAUUCUGUGUAAAUAAGACACAUUGGUCCUGUUCCAAAUUGUAUUUUAGUUGUUAAAAUGUUAUUGUAUUAGUUGUGUUAGUUACCUAAAAUUUCUAGGAACAGCCUCGCUCCUGGUUGCACCCAACUCACACCCCUAAAAUUAAAGUGUUCCUUUUUGUCCAUUUGAAAUGUUGGGAUGUAUCAUACACCGUUAUGAGCGCUGAAAAUUGACUGGUAGUUUCCUCUGCUAAAUAAAUGUAACAGAACUAGAUCUCCCUGGUUUACAUUAAAAUUAUUAUUAUUAUUGUGGCUUGGUUGGAUUGACAAUUUUUUUUUUGCUUCUGGUAAAGAUCAUAUGGAUAUUCUGUUGUAGCGUAUUAUAUAAAAAUAAAGCCUAUUUAAAGUGUUUCUCAAGAUUUAAAAGAUUAACACGGUAUAGAUUACGAAGAUUAAUAACGCUGUAUAGCAGAGCUUGAAAUAAUGAUCUCUGGGUUAAAGUGCAAAUGGAUUCUGUGUAAAGAUUCAAUAUAGUUUUGAUACAGUAACAUUGCUUGACAUUAUUAUACAAAAAUAAUAUACCAUUCCGCACCUCCUGAAAAGUAAUAAGGUGGUUUUCAGGUAGGUACGUCUCCUGACAAUCUGCACUCAAAAAGAAUUAAAGUCAGUUUUGUAAUUUUAUUUUUUAUUAUACUUGUUUUUUAAAAUAAAAUGUUUUUAAAAAUCCUUUAGUUUGCACCAGCACCAGAGACAGCAAUUAAAAAUAUUCUUUUAAAACAGCAAUCCAACCUAACAGUAAUAGUCUAAACCAGAAACUAUAACAGUGAAAGUAAAUAAUGGUGUUUAUCACAAUCCGUAUCCUCAAUCUGAAAAUUCUGCACCUGUUUGAGGUGCUGACCACAAGCUCCUUACUACUCCAGCCAUGCCAUGCGACCCCUGGUCCAAGUUAUAGUGAACUUAACUAUUCUCUUCUGUCCUGCAGUUAUUGAACCAAUAUGAAGAUAUUAGUUACGCUCCUGGUGUAUGGCGCUCUCUCCGCUGUAUCCGGCCAACAAACUUGUCUUUUAGGGAAGCAUCACAAAGCGUCCCCGAGUGCAGAGAUUGGGGCCCAGGAAUGCGUUCUCUAUGCUGAAUGUAAGAAAUCUAUUGACAAUUAUAAAUCUAUCUUUGUGGGGUCAUGCUAGUAAAAUGUGUGAAAUAUUAUGACAAAUUAUUAUUAAUAUUGCCAUUUAUAUAGCGCCAACAGAUAGGGGGGAUUUAACUAUAAAUAGGACAAUUACAAAACAUUUACAGGAACGACAGGUUGAAGAGGACCCUGCUCAAAGGAGCUUACAGUCUAUAGGAGUGGAAGUAGCAUACCCAGAGCUUUCUCUUAAAGGGGUCUCUGUGCACCAUAAUCACUACAGACGGUCCUUAGCAUAGCAGAAUGUGAAUUUGAAAUAUCUAUUCCGUCCAUAUUUGACAUCAUUGAUUAACUUUGCAACAGCAAUAUGCGAAAGAUCAAAUAUUGUUCCUUAAACUGGGAACUGUAGUGAAUUGACAAUUAUAUUAUUUGAAUUGUAAAACUUUUCCAAUUUAACUCUUUAUUAGUCUAAAAUUUGCUAUUCUCCAACAUUUCCAGUUUGGUGAAAAAAAAAAGGCAGAUAUCUCCCACUAGAAUUCCUGCGAUAAUACCUCUCUUCUCUCUCCUAUCAGCUUCCUGUUGCUAUGCCAACUUCACAGAGAAACUGUCGCAGUCACCAAUCAUCAAGGUGGAUAAUUACUACUGGAACAGAUGUGGCAAUCUCAGCAAAGCGUAAGUAAGCCACACACUAUUUCCUUGGAAAUACAAUAUAAACUCCUGUGUUGUUCAGCUAGCGAUAUCAUACCGAAGAAAUCAUCACUAAAAAAAAGUAUUUGGCUUAUUUGUUAAACUGAAAAUUGGCAGGAAUUAAAAUUUAAAAAAAAAUUAAAAAAAUAAAAAAACAGAAAAGAACACUAAUACCAAAAACAUUAUUAUUAUUUGUAAGGCACCAACAUGUGCUGUAGCAAUGUACAAUAUGAUACAUCCCAAGAAUUGGAGGUUUAAAAUUGGAAUUGGGAGUGGUGGGACUAAAGGGACAUAACUGUGACACCACUUGGGUAAAAGUCAAGCCCAAAAUGGGUGCUUAUAACUGGAGAGGAAUGGGGGCCAUUCAAAGAAGGAACGUAUAAGCAUGGUCCAAAAGCAGUCCACAAUGACUGAUAGCCCCCCACCCCCGGUCAGCCCCAUGUUACUAAAUAACAUAAGAAAAUAAGUUGUUACCCAAGAGUUAACAAUAUUAUAUUUUGCACAACUCUCAGGUAUUCCUCAAGGCUCAGGUAUUCCUCGAAGAGCCUCAGGACAGGCCAGACUGGGGAUACUAAUCGGGGAGAUGUGGAGACGGUGCCUUAAUUGGGCUGGGACUGGGAAAUUGACAUAAAACCGUCAUUAUUCUGGGCAUCUGGGUCCAUCUGCUCUGUACGAAUUCGUCAAUGUAAUGGUGUACCAGAGUGCAUGUCACAAGUAUUGGGAAUUAGUUUUUUUAAAUAGAGACUGUUAUCAACCCUAGCUAUUGCCAUGUCUUUUAAAAAAAAUUACAUCUUGUGAUAUAUAUAUAUUUUUAUUUAUUGUUAAUAUGCCCACCACUUUUAUAUGUCUGCGUAUAUUUUAACAGUGAGUUAUAAGAAUUUUUAAAAUUUUAAUAAAACCAUCCAGAUUUCUCUAAAAAUCUCUAUUAUGCAUUGAUGCUUAAUGGUUUAUUUUUUGGUUAUAUGCUAAACCAGGAAAAGUCUGCGAUUGAGUAGGGGAUUACAAACUUCAGGCCAAAAUAGAAUCCAGCUCGGCUACUUAGGCACGCAAUUUGCAAUGCCCAAUAAUCCCACAUGGCUGCCACGGCCUUCGUACAUACAUAGGAACUCACUGCCUGUUGUGAUAGCGUGAUUGAGAUUGCUAAGCAUCAUGGGAGAUGUAGUUCACAAAAUGUGCAAGCACUGUGCUACGGGUUACAGUGUUCUCUGUGCAGCUACAGAAAUAAUCACAGAAAGAGUUAAUCCUGCAGUGGGAUCUCAGAAAAUUGGCAGAUGAAAAGCCUAUAACAGGGAAAUUAAGUGCAUCCAGGCGGGCAGGGUAUAAGACUCCCAGGGGGGCACGCUGCGGUUUCUCCAUGUAGCAUAGCGUGGCUGUGGGAAGUUACAAAUACUGUAAAGCCAAAAGCACACGGGGAAGAUAAAUAUUCAUAGCUUUGGCCUCCCGCAGCAGCCGUGCUGGCUGUAUGUUCCCAAUAUUUCUCCAAAUAACUAUAAUUUAUAAUGCAUUGAGAAAAAAUCCAUGCAUCAAAUAACUCAAAAUUCCUAAACUACUGAAGGGCGAGCCCAGGUUUUCUCCUUUCACAUACUUGUACAGAGGGACUCAAAAACAGGAGAUUAUUCACUAAAUGGUGAUUCGCGGAGCAUCAUCUACUGAAUGGAGAUUUUCAUCCAAAACCAGCUAUUUCGGGUUUAUGGGUUUACAAACCUAGGGGUGAUUCCAUGAGGUCCUAAAAUGUAUUUGAGAAAGAACUCGCUGAAUUUGGCACAAACAUAAUUAAAUUUGCCUUUCAUGUAUAAAAGAACUAUGGCAUAUCUACUGGUUAUUAGAAUAAAAGAUAAGAUUUCAUAAAUGGUGUCGCUUUAUCACCUGAAACCAAUUUUGCCAGUCAUCAUAAAUGAUGUGAUGUCAUUAAUGUGAGCCACUAAUCCAGCUGCAACAUAUUAUCAUUUAUAUAAUUUUAUUAUUUAGAAAAUAUCAACAUAUCCGACAGUGCUGUACAAUGGAUGGGGACUAUUUUGUCUCGUAACUUUUUCCUAAGCUUGACAAAACGUGACAAAAUGCAGAGCUACUGCCAUCAAGUUUUGGCGUUUCCCCCAGCUAUUACUAGUGACCUCUGUAAAGACUAAGGCAUUGUUUAUGGACAUUCCCAUGGUCUUGUGGGAUCCUCCAUAGAUAUUAGAGUUCAAGAGCUGAAGAGAACCUACCAAAUGGACAUGGUGGCAGCCACAAGGGAUAACUUCGGGUAAGUAAGUAAAACUUACCUUUCACUGCACCCCCGGGCCACCGCAGUGCAAAUGGCAAAGUCUUUAUUGGUGGCCUUUGCGAAAUGUGCAAAGACCCCAGAAAGUGACAAAGCUGCUUUAAAUAUCCAGCACCGGCUAACCCAUACUUAGCUCAUUCUGUAAAAUCAAUGAAGAUGAAGAUAACACAAUAUUAAACAAUCCAUUUCAAAGCAGUGAAUUUUCAUUGAUUAAGUACCGUGCAUAGAGAUUGGCCACUUAUUUACGUCCUUUUUUCCCCCUCCAGGUGUGAAGCUUAUAUGAAGAAGAUUGAAUGUUUUUACCAGUGUUCCCCCUUAGCGGCUCAUUGGAUUCACCCCAACAUGUCAUUUGCGAUAGAGCACGUUCCCCUCUGUCAGUCCUUUUGUGACAGCUGGUAAGUAUGGUGGUAAGAUGGAGUAGAAUAGAUGUUUGGUAUUUUUUUUUUUUUAAAAGGCCUAUCUUUGAUUCUUCUAUCCUCAAAGGUAAACCCAAGAGUUUACAAAAGUCCACCAAGGAGAUCACUACUGAUUAAAGAGAAUUUAUAUUACUAAAAUGUAUCUUCUUUAAAUAGACAGCAGUGGUUAUCCCCGAAACAAGGAAUUGUGGGGAAUGCAAUAGAAUAUCGUACAAUACUGUUUUUUAAGUAAACGUGUGAUGCUUUUUGUUUUGUUUUCAUUCAUUUUGCGACUGAUUUUGCGUUUCAAUGUUUUGUCCCUUAGGUUUGAGGCUUGUCGAUCUGAUCUGGUCUGUGCUCGCGAUUGGCUGGUUGACUGGAUUGUGGAUGAAAAUGGAAACCACUGUAAAAAUGAGUGCAUCCCAUACCACCAGGUAGAUAUCUCUAUAAUAACCAGCGUGUUGAUGGACCAGUAGACACAGUAUUGAGUGCAGGGUGGGGGGGCCUGGCAAAAGCAUUAAAAUCUAAAAGGCAAAAUGGCUGCUGAGCAGGAGAGAGAGAGGAUGACAAGAUAGACAAGACAACAUGCUUCCUUUCCAGCACCAUCGAGACCGUAAAGCACAAAGUAAGUCCUCCAACAGAUCAGGCCCCAGUCACUAUCUAUGAUACGUUGUUCAGCCUCUGGUAGUCUUAAUUUAUUUACAACCUCUUCAUAGUUUUAUAAACAGAGCCGUUCAGUGUUCUCUGCAUUCUACAGCUACCCAAAGCAGGCGAGGGACAUAGAGACAGUGGGGGAACAUAGGGGCAGGAAGAGAGAGUGAAUUUAGUGGCAGGAACAGAGACAGGAUGUAGUGACAGGAUCAGAGAGAGGAUGUCAAGACAUGGACAGAGAAGGAUGUAGGGGCAUGCAUCACAUUAUGUCCCUGGCCAAUAUGUACACUGAAUGCACAUUAUGUACAGAUUUGGAAGGCAAAUGAUCAGCCAAAUUGCUGCAAUUAUAAGCAGCCAUGUGCAAGGUGUCUGGGACAGGAGACACCAUUUCCUAAACCGUGCAAUGAAGUUGUGAUGGUGCUUAAAAUGUUUCUUUACAUGAAUGGAUGUACAGAUAAAUAAAUUAAUAAUUAGCUUUAGGUUUUUGCAGUUUUAGAGUUUUGUAAUGUGUUUCUCCAGGUCAAUAUGUUGUACUGUAAAGAAAUUAAAUGUGAAGGUUAUGUAGUGUAUUUGUUAUUCCCAGGGACGUGGUAAUCUGCUAUAAAUUACUUUUUAUGGGGGGACGGAGCUAGCAGCCAUCAUGCCAAGUCGCACUCCCUGUGAGCUCCAGGAGAUAAGCUGUUUUGAGCCCAUCUUAUGAUGCGCAGAGUGCCCGAAACAGAGCCUGGUUGAUACCUACUGCAUCCCAGUCCUGACAGGAGCGAGGUAUCCCGUGAUAUCGGGGAUCUGCUCCGCACUAGGCCGCAAACAUCGCCUUCCUGCCCCAUUGGUGAUCUGGAGUAUGAUGCUCCGGACCCAAUCCCAGUAGCCAGGGCCACGUCUGUACAACGAAUAAUAGAGCUACAAAGGUAGAUGAAAACAGUGCCUGACUACCAAGGGCAACCUGAAACAUCUCCUGAAAGAGCUCUGCUUAAUGUUCCAAGCUGAUUGCGCCCUGAUCCGGGAGGAUAUGCAUACCCUCUCUGGUCGCAUAAAAGCAGUGGAAGAAAAAUCUGUGACAGUCCGUCAGGCUCAACGCGACAAUGCCCUACUCACCCAGAAGCUCACACAGCAACAUGUAGCGCUCACCCGCAGGGUAGCAGGUCUGGAAGACACCCUGCGCCGGUGAAACAUGAAGAUCAGGGAGGGGUGCAGCAACAUUGGCACUAAAGAACUGCCUCAGUACAUCCAACACUUACCCUCCUCUUCAAUGCCACCUAAGCAGGUGAACUUGAUGCUCCUUGAAGGGAUAUACCGAGUAGGCUGUUCCUGCGAUCCCACGACAGCUCCCCACAGAGACGUGAUCAUUUUGCGCUCUUGCUGAUAAACGGCCAGUUAUGUCUGCUGUCCGAGACAGACCACCACUGGACUUUGAAAGCUCAAAUCUGUCUUUCUAUGAAGACCUCAGCAGAGCUAUUCUUACAUGGAGAGCAUCACUCCAUCCAGUCACUCACCGCUUCCAGGCAGCCGGGAUUCGCUACCAACGUGCGCCACCUGAGAGGGCAGAGGAGGGGUGCACAGACUUGAAGAUAUCACUGGAGCACCUUCCAGACACUUGGUCUCCCUGACCAACCAGACCCAGCAGCCACCCCUGCCUCAUCCCCACAAUGGGACAUUGAUAAUGUGGUGCCAUUCACGGCCAGGAAUUCGCCAGGCAAUGGGUGAAGAGUAUCCUGGUAGCCCUGGGUUAACCAUGUUGUUCUUUAGUUCAUUACACUUUUGCUUUUUUACUUCUCUGCUCCUAUCGUAGCAUUCCCUCAAGGCAUGACCUCCAUUAGUGAGGAAUACUUAAUAAUGUCUCUCCCCUCCGCAACCCGCGAUGGCCAUGUCCGACCUUAAUACAACCACCCCCCCACGCCUCUCCCACGCCCCCUCCCCCGACACUCCAGGGUAAUGAAGUGUUAAUGUGAGACGGUCAGAAACCGCAUAGGAUGGGCUGUGUAGGUAGGUACCUACAAAUAGCUGGCUACCAGGGCCCCUACCCUGACUGCAAAUGUACAUUUUGUUUUCCUUUUUGACAUAUUUUGAUGUGUUUUUUUUAUUUUGCUAUGUAGUAAUUACAUGUUUUUUUUUAUUUGCGGUGGAGAGAUAAACAUCCUGGUAAUCUAGUGGUCACUCUCUAUGAGAGUGGUCUCUUAGCUUUUUCCUCUAUAUUUGUACAUCCUGGCUCUUUUCCUCCAAAUCAUGAAGUACGUAACAUACAACUGGGUUUUUAUAUAUGCGAGUAAAAGGGGGCAGGCUAGUGAUGUUGGGGAUGUAAAACCAGCCCUGAUAUUAUAGCUCUUAAUGGCUUGAGUAGUGCAGCAGAAAUAAUCAAAAAACACACUUACCUCUACCACUUCUGUGUUCAUGGCAACAUUUUUGCCUUUCGUUGCUUUAGUAUAGUCAUGCGCGCAUGCCAUUUGUAGAGGAAUGCUGUGUGAGUGCAUGCAAGCUUGGACAUUCCUUCCAUUGUGUUGUACAUACUCAUUAAUUUACAUGGCGUGCCAUAGCUGUGCCAGGACAGUCAGCGUGCAAUGGAAAUGAAAAAGUAGAAUCAAUUGUAAAUUAAAAAAAAAUCCUUUAGUUAGCUAACUUGUCAUGAAUUCUUAUUUUUUCCCAUUUCAGCUAAAAGUUAGACUUGGCCUGAAAAGAUAAUCAUCAGAGAGGUGGGGGUUUGGAGAGUACUCCAUUACGACAAAGUCCCCUAGAACAACUCCUCAUUUAAAGCCCAGUAGAUCAAACUGUAAAUCAUAUUAUUAAAAAUGGAAGUGCAGGGAUAAUAUAUAAUGUGUUUAAGGCUAUCCUGACUUCCAGUUGACCCCCUCAGUCAGAUCCUUCCUAAGUUAUGGGCCGUUGACCAUGAAGCCUUGUCAGAGCAGAGUCCGUGAUCCAGAGAACCAGAUGGCCUUUCUCUGGCCGUCUUCCAGAUUUAGUCAAUCUGAUGUUAGGAAGGAGCUGAGGGUCUGUGUUUUUAAUCCCAAGGAACAAUUUCAAGCUUUUUGUCGUUUCCUCUCUUCUAAUGUAAAUAUACGUCAGCAGACACAGAUAGUUAUAAUGUAAUUAUUUAACUCUGGAAUUGAUACUCAUAGAAUAUGCACAUUCUCACUUCCUCUCACACAUAAAUGAUUAAUUAAGGGUCAGAAAACUGAAUGAUGAAACUGAUAGAUUUCAGCAUAUUGGGAUCCUGCCCUCUGGGGCGCCUGUAAUAACAGAUCUGUGCAAAUGUCAUAUUACCUGUGGGCUUUGCCUGUCAUCCUGUUGGUCAUCCAGCUGUUAUCACAUAGAAGGGCUGUAACUCUGCGUCUUUUAUUGAUGCUAUUGUAUCUCCCUCUGUAGCACCUUCCGGAUCUUUGGCUUAAUUUGUGUAACAGCGUACGCGCAUGGCACUAGCAGAAUUAUGCAAAAUGAUGACGUCAUACUCCUACACCUAUACAAAUCCCAGUCCUCAUUUCUCUAGUGGUCCUUUCGUGGUCUUUUGUACUUAGCAAUGCAAUUUUAGUUCUAGUCAUCAGGUGCAACGGAUCCCAUAUACUCCGCCGGAGUAUAUCCGCUGUAGUUCUCCCAAAUCCCAAGUGAGGCAGUGAUUAAAGCUCUGAGCUACCCAAGCAUCAGUCUACACUUGAUGAAGGGUACAAGAAGACUCAUUUUAUUAUGGCCAGGUGGUCCACUUAUAUACUCAGACCCCAAGCAGAGGGUCUCCAGCAGCAACAUAGGACACCACUCCCACAACACGCCGUAGUCACUCCCACAACAUGCCCAUGACACUCCCACAACACACCUAUGGCACUCCCACAACACUCACACAACACACCCAUGACACUCCCACAACACGCCCACGACAUUCCCACAACACACACAUGACACUCCCACAACACGCCAGCGACACUCCCACAACACACAUAGGAGUCUCUGUGUCUGGGAGAUAAUUUAGUGUACUUUGCUUAAACUAAUUAUCUUCCAGGAACUAGAGUUACAAAACAUAAAACACAAAACAUUAAGAAUAUACAUAAUACAAAUUAGAACCUCCACGAAUAUUUUAUCCCCGGAUAGUCUGGAUCUGAGCACCCAAGUUGUCAAAAAAGCACUCAAAUCUGACGAAUACAGUCGAAUCGCCAGCGGGAUAAAGUUUUGAUCGGUCAUUUUCGGGAGUUCCAUACGAACAAACUGUCGAAAGGUUCCCCUUGCUCAUAGGUACCGAUUGUUCGCCUUGUUUGUGCGAACAAUCCUACUGAACAGCGCUCUCCUGGCUUGUCGUGGAAAGAAACAGGCAUUCGGUAGUUUUGUAAUUGCCGAACUGGGGAAAUGUAUUUGUGCACAGAGGGGAAAAUAAGGUAUAUGGCCCAUGGUCGGUGGUCAGGAGGCCAACUUCUACACUCCUCCAGGAUUUCGUGGCAAACAUCCAGGAUAAGGAGCGUUUGUCUCAUCAAGUUUCCUGACUUCUGUUUUCUCGACCUUCCCUAGUGUUUUUCAUUUACGUGUCUUCCUGGUAACCCCAUCCUUGGCUAAGCUUUGACUUCGAUUCUCUCUCCUUUUAGAAUGUUUAUGUUAAAGCUAGUCUAUCACCUUCAUAUUGUUAAAAAAAAAAAAACACAACAAUUUUGACAUUGCUGCUUGGUGCUCAGUGUCCAGGGGGUGCAGGGGAAGGUAGGGUUUCCAUAUCUGAAUCUGUCCCUCACAGCCACGUUCAUCCAGGGGACCCUCGUCAGCUCCUGGCCAUAUCAGUGCUGUACACUUGUACACAAGAGUAGAGCACUGAUGUCUAUGGAGGAACCUGCAAGUUUGUCUUUUUCCUCACAGUCGUCAUUAGUGAGACUUGAGUAUGAUGGCAGUAGUUCCACCUUUUGUCACAUUUAGGAAAAAUACAGACAAAGUAGUCUUAUGAUCUCUUUUAAACAAUGGUUAAGCUUAUCUGAAACAGUGGAGUACUAUUACAGAUAAGCUGAGCCAUUGUUUAGAUAAUGAAGGAAGGAUAUAUCUUUAGUGUUUGAUCUUUGCAUGUACACCCACUUUUUAUUUUUACACUUUUAUGAUCUCUUCUGACUGCUUUGGAAUUUCUGUGAAUUUCUGUGAAAUUCCAACACAUUCAUUGUGAGUAUUUCAUAAAGCUUUAACCACUUCAAGAUCUGGAAUGAUGCCACUAUCAUAUUUCCUACCUUUAUCUUCCUAGGAGGGUACUAUCCCAUCUUAUUGGAGUGGAUCGACUAGUCCUAGUAAUAAAGGGCACAAAUUUCCAGGAAUAGGCUCAAGGAACAUCUGCCCACCUACUCUAGCUCAUUAGGAACAGGUGGCACAAAUUUCCUUCUUUCAUGCACUAACAUACUAGAAAAAAAUUAAUCUUCUGCCCCUGAACUAGACCACCAGAAACAUGGACACACUCUUCCUAUUCUCUCUAGUCCAGAAUAAUACAGCAGAUUCACUGCGAUUAUUACUGAAAAUGGUUGCAUUAUCAGAAUGUCAUGUCUGGUGCCAUCCUCCGAUACUACUUCAGCCAUGCUUUGCCAAACCAGCCCUUUCCAUGCCAAGAGAUUCUAAUUUCUAACAGUUUUUGCUGUUAGGAUAUAUAAUGUACUGCGUCAAGGUUUGACAUAACGUUCCAUUGGAUGGCCUUUUCUUACACAGCUUUAAAUAACGCGUUCUAUAAUAACUUUGCCAUGACCAACAUAUCUUCUACCAUCGUUCUGCCAAUACUACCUUUCCCACUGGGGUGUAUGUAAGCCUGACUUACUGAAGCUACUUCACACGUUGUCAUGACUGCUAGUGAGGUCCAGCACGCAGAACUAUGUAACAUCGACAUAGACAGAACAGAAAGUAUAGAACGUAAACCGGUCCUUAGAAUGGCCGGACUAAUACGUUAAAGACAGAGAAUGGUCAAGGGAUAGCCGAGGUCAAGGAAGCCAGAAAUAUACAAUACCAUUUAACGAGCCAAGUCAGGGAAACCAGAAAUCAGAAUAGUCAGGAAUAGCCAGGGUCAAAAUGCCAGGAAUAUCAAAAACAGGACAAGAAAACGCACUCUCGGGAACCAGGAACGGAAACCACGACAGGGCAAUGAACUGGGAAGCUCCAGGGAUUUAAAUAUCCCUCCUUUGACUGAGAUUGGCCUCUGACCCCAGAACGUGCGUGUGCAUCAACGUUCGUCACACACACGUUCGUAUAACCCUGGGGUGGAGCUGUCGAUGGCCGCAACCACAUGGUCGGCGCCAUCUUUAUUUUGGGCAGGCGGCCUGGGGAACACGGCGGCGUGGCUCCCGACUUGCUGCUGAGCAGGUAAGCUCAAUUUGUCGGCGCGGCCGUACCUCGCGACGAGCCGGGGGCCGUGACACACUUUCAUGGUUUUGCCUCAUGGCCUGGUUCCGUGCUAUGAAUGUUUUGUACAGAAUUAUCUAUUAUCUCAACUUUUUUAUUCUGAAUUCCCCAACUGUGUCACGAUUUGUUAACUGUUUCCUUUCCUUGUUUACAACCUAUUGCUUUGUGGCCUUUACUUCAACUAGUUCCGGGCAUUGCUCAAUCAUACUUUAAGACCAACACAAUUUUUCUGCCUCUUUCGAGGUCCUUUCAUCAAACAUAACCACCUCUUAUGUAUUCCGAUACAGAAUCCAUGGCGUCUAUCUUUGUAGGGUUUCCCACAUCCAGAAUAGAUGUUAACCACAUAACACAUUGGCAGCGUCAAAAGCCAUGGUGUUUUCGUGGGCAUCUCCAGCCAGUCCUACAAACAUGUCAGUCGCAGUACGCUUUGACGCAGAGGGAGUAAACAUCUGUAUUCAUAUCAAUCCUCCAUCAUCGUUUUAGAGUACCCGCCUUAACGCGUUACUCAUUUAUAUCUGAAAAGGGUAAUUUGUCAGGUGAUCUGGUUUGAGUAUCUCCUAAUUUGGUUCUAAGAAAGUUUGUGAUGCACCCAUUAGUGAAUGGGCAUUAUGACUAAGCCAUGGUAAAUGCAUAAUACUACUAUACAUGGUGUAGCAGGCACUCAGCUGGUCAGAGAUCCGUACCAGAGUGGCCACUCAUAGGCUUGGUAAGGGAAGGCCGACUGACUCAUUAGAAUGUGUUUAUGGGCCUCGUGGUUCUUUAAGAAUGUGAGAUGUCUCACACCAAGCUAUUCUCAUGGGUACUCUAAGGGGUGAAGCUCCGAUGACUAACACCAUUCAGAAUAUUCAGAGUGUGAGAAAUCCGGCUUAACAUGAACACAGAUCUUAUUUCCCUCCGUCCAAUCCAGAAAUGCUCUGAUCUUAUUUGGCAAGAGUAGUUUUAUUCUUAUCUACAAAUAUGUGGGAGAGCAGGGCAUGUUCUGAUAGUUAACAAAAAACACAGGUUGUGUUGUUUUUCAAAGGAUUCCUUCCUGACUGUGAUAUCUGUGGAGCUGGUCCUUAAAGUGUAGCUAUCAUAGAAUACACAAUUUAAUUUAGGCGUGUGCUGGGAGAAUUGCUAGGAAAUGCAUGGAUUGGGAGAAAAACGUAAUUUAAAAAUAUUACUCCAUUCUGGUCUCCCCGAUCUAGGCUUGUUUACUGGAUUUACUUUUCUCUUUCUUUGCUUUGUGUUUUUUUUUUAGGGACUGGUAGUACAUCUGUUAUCAUCAUUAUUUACCUGGUUCACCUUUGGUAGGAAACUGACAUAUACUUGGAAUGUUGGAUCCCUCUUAGGCAACGUACAAUGACUUGGGUCAAUACAGCUAAUUGCAUUAUACAAUAUAAUUGUCAUGUUACGAUGCAGGGAGUCUCCGAGUACUGCCCUCCCCCAAACCAUGCCCAUUACAGAAAGCUAUAAGGACAAUUAAACCCAUGUGAUAAAGCUCUGGCAGGUGAACUGAUACGUGUUUUAUAUAUCUGAUGCUGAGACUGAAUUUUCCAGUCGUCGUUACAGGUUCCUGUUAGUGGUUCCUGGUGGCGUAUCGGUGUCAAUUCAAGACUCCAGAUUUGACGCACCUGCGACAAUCUCACAACAUGCCCCAAGGUCCUUGUUACUAGGUCACGGUCGUGUCAUGCUGGCCACAAUCAAACUUAAAUGACACAAGCCACAACCUUCGCACCUUUUUAUAUUUAAUUAAUUAUUGGUGCACUGUCCAAGGCACUGCGCAUGUGCUAAUGACACAAAAGAUACACAAGGAGCUGGGGUAUAUAAACGCAUGGAAUCUCUGGACCAGUGUCCUUUUAUGGUUUUUAUUGCCCUCAAGUGUGUUUCAUACUGUUCCUGACUCCUGUUAUUGAUCCAGCUAAAGCUAUUCAUCCUGAUUUGUUUCAGUUCUUUGUCCAGUGUUUCCUGACCCAGCUACAUAGCUUACCACAAGUAUUCCUGUUCUGUCUUUGUGUACCAGACCUGACUAUGUUUUUGACUUAUUCCUGUCUAUAGUUACCAGUCUCGACCCUGUCUUUGACCUUGGAUUUGGUUAUUGGUAUCUACUGUUUUAUGUACUCUUCCUGAUCUGAAUUGGUUUAUUGGUUUAGUGCUGAUAUUUCCUAUAUCCACCUAAGAUCUAGUAAUACGCCUGUUUAUCCUCUCCCUUGGCUCCUAUUGGUAGGAUUGCUGACUUAUAUCUUGCUGAGAAUCCUCAUGUAUCCUGACAAUCCCUUACAAAUCCAGGAAGGCAGUAAUUGGACACAUGGGUCCUGGUAUCAUUACAGCUAAUCAUAUCAAACUAUUUAAUUGUAAUGUUACGAUGUAGGGAGUCUCCGUCCUAAACCAUAUCCAUUACAAAAAGCCAAGAGGGUUAUUAAACCCGUGGUGAUAAAACCCUGGCAGGUGUCCUGAUUCCUGUUAUAUUUCUGGUUCUGAGACUGAAUUUCCAGCGACCACAUUGCGGAAUCUUAUUAAAUAGACUCCUCCGAUCAUAGUGCAGCUUGUUCCAGGAAGACACACUUAAUGUAUUACAAGUUAGUUUGCUUUUUCCCAGUAUGGUCCCCGCAGUAUGUCUACAUCACGCACAGAUCAUUCGUCAACUAUUUCUCAGCACUGGCUGCUCCGUCUUGGCUGACUCUCUUUUGCCAUAAACAUUCGGCUUUGUUUGUUCUGUGACUGUGCUCGCCAGCAGAACGACGACUGAUCCCAAGCCAGCAAUACAGAAUGUAAAAGCACUUGAGAGACAGCCCUGUGAUUUUAACAGAUACAGAACAUCGUAUUUCUAACUAAUGGUGUAUCACAAAUCUCAAUGUGGCACAACCACAAAGCUCCUAACGUUCAACCAGAUUUUAAAGAAACAUUGGUGGAGAGAAAACCGGCUGUUGGCUAAAGCAGAGUGAUUAAAGCUUAAGUAGAAUCUAUAUAGAACAGUGAUUGAAGCUUAUAUAGAAGAAAUAUAUAUUUAAAAAAACAACCCCUUAAAAGACUCUUGAAAGCCGACUUGAAGACAUUGGCUCUCAGCAAGUAUCUGAUCAACACCAAGAGGGACGUAUUAAAAAAAUGUCCUGCUGGACACACUGCUCUGCCACCACACAAAUAGCUGAAGAAAUAAAUAACUAUAUAGAGUUACAUUUGUAUCUAUUUAACAGUAACAAUAAUCAGGGAUCAAAUAGAUUUGUAUUUACCAUUGGGACCCCAGUGCAUGAAUCCCCCAUUUUCAUAAUAGGUGGAGUUUGAUCAUAGAAAUAGGAAGGGGGAGGGUGGGGGGGCUGUGUGGGCCCCCUAACUCUCAUCCUCCAUGCUGUGAACAAGGAAUUAUAUUGGUGCAGAGUAUUAAGCACUUGUAUUUGGUUUUAUAUUUUGAAUCUUAUGAUAGUGCUGUGUUAUUACGGGGUCUUAGGAAAAGAUAGGCUUGUAGGUCUAUUGGUUAUAUAGACAGACAGAUAUAUAUGUAGGUAGGGGCCGGCAGUCAGACAGACAGACAUAUGAUAGAUAGAUAGACAGACAGACAGAUAUAUAUAAUAUAGAUAGAUAGGCAGACAUACAGACAGAUAUAUAUUUAAUAUAGUUAGAUAGAUAGACAGACAGACAGACAGAUAUAUAUAUAAGAUAGAUAGAUAGAUAUAUAAUAUAGUUAGAUAGACAGACAGAUAUAUAUAUAAUAUAGAUAGAUAGAUAGAUAGAUAGAUAGAUAGAUAGAUAGAUAGAUACAUACAGGGUGAGACUGGAGAAUAUACGAGAUUCAUUCAUUCUACUAGCACCCUAAGCAGAGUAAUUAAUUAUCACGGGAUAGAAGUCUGAAAUGACUUCAUGUGGAUGAAAUGUCACAGCCUGGCUCUAAGGGUGGGGUAGUGAAAUGAUUGCUCUCUGGCAAACAGUGGCCCCUGGGCACGGCCCAAUUAGUUUAAUAAAAAAGCCAGUCUUACCUGUUAUGUGUGCUCCGUAUUUAUCAUUACUGUCUGCAGACUGAGCUCAUUCUUUGCUCUGACUUUUUAUCUCGUACAAUCUGGAGCAUUGAUAGCUAACCGGUAAAUCUGCAGCUGUUCUUAAAGGGACACUAUAGCCACCAGAACAACUUAAUGUACAGCUUAAUGUCGUUGUUCUGGUGAGUAUAAUAUUCAUGCAAACACUGCCUUUUUUAGAGAAAAGGAAGUGUUUACAUCACCCCCCAAUCUGAGGAGUGGCCACAGGAGGUGCUUCCUGGAUCAGUGCUGCACAAUAGGCAGCACUGCCAUUCAGCGUCUCCACGCUCUGCAUGGGGACGCUGAAUUUUCCUCAAAGAGAUGCAUUGAUUUAUUGCAUCUCUAUGAAGAAGUGCUGACGGGGUCAGCGCCGGCAGACCUGUUCGGCGCUGGAAAUAAGGUGAGUUUUAAUUCCUUUUAAGAGGGCUGGGGGGGGGGAGGGGAGAGGGUAAGCCACCUAAAUGGUGGGUUUAACACUGUAGGGUCAGGAAUACAUGUUUGUAUAUAGUCUUCCUUUAAAACAGCACUGUCACUAUCUGAGGACUUCACAAUAUGAAUAAGAUUGCUCUGAUUGGUUGGCUAGCAACCCAAUCAAAACUCUCUUACAGCCAAGUCUCGAGAGAAGUCCCACCCAAUCUGAACUGGCCUGAAUUUUGUCAGAUGACUGAAAUCGAAAACAUUUAGACAUUAUUGAAUUCAAUGAACAGGGUUCGGUUUUUACAGUCUAAAUGGCCCCUUACAGCAGCGAAUGGUUUUGCCCCAUUCGGUAUGGGCCCGUUCGGACUUAAGCAUAAAACCCUAUUUCUAUACUACAGUCACUAUAUAUGUUCUUAUGACUAUUUGUUGUGGCUGUGUAUGAUAAGGUAGUGUGAAUAUCGCCUUCUUUGUCAUUUAUAAAUGAUUGUGUUGUGCAGUGGAAAUACACAUGGUGUGUUCGAUUUCUGCACUUUUAUUCAUGUUCCAAUUGGUGACAAUAUAUCCUUUUAUCCUUUGUUUUAAGCCAGCACAGAGCAGACAGAUCAGUGAUCUCCGCUCAUAAUGCCCAUGAUCCCUAGCCUGCUAUAGGGCUGCAAAGCAACCUGCCAACUACUUAGUAAUUAGUUUGCAGAGAUUCUUGCUUUUCCUGCUGUGCUCUGGAUUUGCGAAUUUUGUCUGCAGGGUGAUGUUUAAAGUUCGUAUAUUGAAAUUUCUGAGAAGCUAAAUAAUUAAGACAUUUUCUUACGGCUGUUAAAAAGAUGGAUGUUUUAUGUAAUUUCAUGCUAGGAGGAGCAUGCAAUACAGAUCUGCUACCGCUGGUAAUGAAGGGGUUAAUGAACAACACAGUAUAAAUGUCUUUCUGCUGAGAGAUUACAAAUUCAGCCAAUUACCCAGCAGCACGGAUUAGCUGGGUAUUACCAAUGCAAGAGAUCAAACAGUGCUACCCUUCAAUCACGUUUAUUUAACAGCUAAUUCUAAGACACCGUCAUUUCUCUUUUUCUGCACGAUAAUAAUUACCAUAUUUUUGGGGAAUAUUAGAUACACCCACGUAUUUUAAUUAGAAAUUUAGAAGGAAAAAAACAACCAAUUAAGUGUCUUAGUGCCUCUUAUCCUCCUUAGUGACUUGCAAUCUUCCUUGCAACCUCCCUUUUUACAGCACUUGUGGCCCUUAGUGCCCCCUCCUUGUGGCUCUUGCUGCACUUCUCGUGGCUCUUGCUGCCUCUCAUUUUUGUUCUCUUAUCUUUAUCCUCUGUCUGCUCCCAUUGAGCAGCUUCUGUCAGACUCCGCAGGUGGAGGGAGUUCUGUGCGCCCCCUUUCUGUCAGUUAUUUAUACCGGCUGCAAAUUUUGGGUUAAGAAUUGCCUCCUAUAUUCCGAAUAAUGCAGUAACUUUUUCAUAGCUAGCGGAUAGGAUUCUUUCUUUUGUGUAAAGCCCCACCUGCUAUGUCAUCAGUUCAAAAAGGAUUUAAACAUGGAGGCCCCUCAGUACAAAGAUAAACCAGGAGAUGAACAUAAAAGUAGUAAUACCUUAUAUGUAUUUAUUACAAAAUAAUACACAGUGAGGAUUAUCUUUAAUCCUCAGUAAUAAUCAAAGUAAGGCCAGUUUUUUUAAAGUCAUGCCUUUCAGAGAAACUAAUAAGCUGCAGGCAGUAUACAUUAGAUCAGGGGUUGGCAACCUUCGGCACUCCAGAUGUUGUGGACUACAUCUCUCAUGAUCAAGGUGAAAAGACAGGCUCAGUUUUACCAGGCUCAUCCCGGUUUUUGCCUGUUUGUCCCGGAGUACCGAGAAACUUUCUCUGGAUGCAUGAAUGUCCUUUCAUCUCCCCUGCCGACCUCAUGCAGAGAAUGCUCCGCUAACUGCCUUCUCGGGUGGGGAGAUCAAGGAUCUUCCUCAUCGGACCCAAGGCAGUUUGCUGCUGCUGCAGAGGGAGGAAGAGAGCUGGGCCUGGGAGGCAACACGCUCCUCCCAUGAGCAGGUAGGUCGGAGCAUUGCCGCACGUUACCAUGGUAAUGCUCUGACACUGCACUGUACUCACGGGAGGAGAGAGUAGUCAGCCUGCAGCCAGGGGACCUGCAGGCUGAACUGCAUGCGCCACCACUAGACAACCAGGGAUUGAAAAGUCCCCAUCUAAAUUAGUUAUAUUAGUUAAACUUAAAUUUUUUUUUAAAGAUAUAUACAUUUGCUCCAUUAUCCCCCCCACACACUGAACACCUACACACACUACACCCCUCCACACACACACACACACACACACACACUACACCCCCUCCACACACACUACACCCCCUCCACACACACUACACCACCCCACACACUACACCGCCCCACACGCACAUACUACACCCCCACACACACUACACCCCCACACACACACUACGACCCCUCACACACAGCACCCUUUACACAAACACAUUACCCCUUACACAAACACAGCACCCCCUUCACAUACUGAAUCCCUCCACACACUACACUCUCCACACACACUACAUCCACCACACACACAUGUGCUCCCUCAACACACACACAUGCAGCACUCCCUCCACACACACACACACUCAGCAGUCUGUCUGUGUACUCAGCGGUCUGUGUGUGUGUGUGUGUGUUUUUAUCAGUCUGUAUGUAUUCAGCUGUCUAUGUGCGUCUAUUCAGCAGUCUGUGUGUAUUCAAAUGUCUGUGUGUGUAUUCAGCAGUCUGUGUAUUCAACAGUUUGUGUGUGUAUUAAGCAAUUUGUCUGUGUGUAUUCAGCAGCCUGUGUGUGUGUAUUCAGCAGUCUGUGUUUGUGUAUUCAGCAUCCUGUGUGAAUGUAUUCAGCAGUGUGUGUGUAUUCAGCAGUCUGUGUUUGUGUAUUCAGCAGUCUGUGUGUGUGUAUUCAGCAGUAUGUGUACUCAGCAGUCUGUCUGUGUACUCAGCAGUGUGUGUGUGUGUGUGUGUGUGUGUGUUUAGCAGUCUGUAUGUAUUCGGCUGUCUAUGUGCAUCUAUUCAGCAGUCUGUGUGUAUUCAAAUGUCUGUGUGUAUUCAGCAGUCUGUGUAUUCAGUAGCCUCUGUGUGUGUAUACAGCAGUCUGUGUAUGUUUUUAGCAGUCUGUGUGUAACAGUCUUUGUGUAUUCAGCAAUCUUUCUGUGUGUGCAUCAGGCAAUCUGUCUGUGUGUGUACUCAGCAGUCUGUGUGUAUGUAUUUUAUUUGUUGGAGGAACCAAUAAAUAUAAGCUUUCCCUGGGGGCCUAUAAUGCUGUUAAGAUAGCCCUAGUCCAGGGUAUGUGUGUGCUCUGACCUACAAAAUGUGAAUGAAAAGACACUCAUUUGAGUACCAGGUAGGAGAUGAGCACAUACGAAUGUGCAAAAGUACCGAAUAGCGCUCUCCCAGCUGUUCGGGAAACAAAGAUCCAGCGUUCGUAUGUUGGGACAGGUGUUCGGGAAGUAGAGUGUCCGAUUUUAGUUCCAGACAUUCGACGACCAAGUCCCGCUGCCUUUGUUCGCACAAACAAGAUGGCCGCCGUUUUCCCAGCCACGUGGCGUUCGGCAAUACGAAUGGCGGCCGCACAGGUAGAGGGUUUAGUUGAAGCAUGCUUUUGAAGUUAACGAGCCAGGGGGGUGUUCUCUGUUCGGUAGUUACAUCCACCUAAUGAAAAGGGGAGCAAUAACGAACACAAAGAGGGAUUUCUUCACACAGGUUUUUUAUUUUCAAAUCUGGUCACCCUGCCUGUGAUGCCUUGCCAGCUUUAUGGCUGAGAGCAUUAUGGGAGUUACCUACCCCUGAAUUAGAUAAAUAGUCCUAAUAAUUGUCCCACCAUCUAAUGUCAAAAUAGAAUGUGUCUUUGAUUAAAGGUUCUCAAAAUAUUUCUACAUAAAUAAAAAUGUUGCUGCAGAUUAUUUUUAAAACUGGCAGAAAUUCGAUGUGCUGAAAGUAUCGGCGCAUGGAUUGGCUGAGGAGAGAGAGACAGGAAAAUCCUGCUCUGUAUGUCCUACUGAACAUAUAUGGAAUGCUGGAAUAAGCCAGAGAUACAUUGAAUGUUCAGAACUAGUCUCACGUGUGAGGUACGAAGAAGCAGACAGGCUUGGCUUCUCUCUGCGUUCUAUCACUUACUGCUGCGUCCUGCUUGUUUUAAACAAUUGCAGUUAAUGCAGUCAGAGGAUAAAAUGAUUUACUUGGGACUUCCCUGUAACCGCAAGAUGAGUAUCCUCACAAUCCCUGUGGGGUUUAUUCACUAAAUACUGAAUUGAGUGAAUUAAAAAAUGAAUGCCAAAAUUCAGUCAAAAAUUGCUGAUUUGGGAAAAAAAAUCUCCAUCUAAGAUUAGACACAGUUUGGCUAGUUUUGCUUAUAAGGUGCCUGUCACUCACCGGAAGUUUUAAUAUUAUUUUUAUUGUAUUUUAUUAUGUUCCCUGCAUUUUAUAAAUAUGUAUCUGUGAGGUAUGAAAAAUAUAAUAAAUGAAGAAACCCACACCUUUUUGUCCUGCAACUGGGUGCCUUCAUCUUAUCUGCCUGUCAAUCAUUAUUAUAAGCUGUCAUUGGCACCUGGCAGUCAGCACUGAAUACAGAGAAGAGAUAAAAUUAAACAAUGGGGAAGAUUUAUAAAAGUGUUGUCGCCAAUUUUAUGUGCAAUUUAUUUUAUUUUAUGUUGCUUUUGUUACGCCCAGAGGUGGGUCUCUAAUUAGGCAAUUAGGCGGCCGCUUACACAGGCAUACAGCUAAACCACAGGUCUGAAGAUACUGUGAGUAUAAUAAUGAGUAAUGAGCCCAUCCGGCAUAAUGCAAGGGCUUGCCCAGUCCCCCAAGGGCAGUAAAUAUAUAUAUAUAUAUAUAUAUAUAGAAUCCCCAGAGACAAUAACCCACCUACACCAUGGCUGAAUAACCCACAACAGGUAGAGGGAGACAAAAUGACAAUAGAGGGUCCCUGGAGCGGAGUAUCUAAUAAGGACAAAACUGGCGAGUAAGAUCCGUCAACGGCCUCUUACUCUGGUAACAUGCAGAAGAAGAGGCAGUCCCGGCGUUUCACACACUUUCUGAGUGAUGGCCGCACGACACAAAGUGCUACUACGCAGCCGGAUCCACCAAAAUGGCCGCUGUGCUCGCACGCAUGUGUGGAUCUUACAAGGUGUCAGACAAUUAAAGGGACCUAAAAAAGGGGACAACUUGGCUCCCAAGGACUGGGACAAUGCUUACCCGGGAAAGGUCCAGGUGACCAGUAAACUUAACUGAGGGAGCAGCAAAGAAAGAGGAAGUGGUGACAGAGUUUUAGGCCUUGUGGUGUAACCUGAUUAGUGGCCCUUGUAUAUAGGUCACAUUAUAUUUUUACCGUUUUGUUCAUUAUAUUGUGCUUUCUCCAAAUAUGUUUUCUCUGCUAAUGAGGGAAUUAAAUAAAGAGUGCAGCAUUAAUACUCGACUCCGUGGACUCGACUCCGUGUCAUUAAUAAAAUCUGAAUUUAUCGGUCCAUUUUCAGAACCCUUUAAUAAUUAUCCAACAAUGUAUCUAUUUAUUCUCCUCAUUCGCAAUAAUUGCCUAGCUUUGCCUGGACUGAAUGUUACUGUAAUGUCAUUUUGUUCAUUCUGUCACGUAAAUGUAAUAGAAAAUGCAGCAUCUCAUGAUAAACAGGUAGUUUGUGAUGUUUAAUUCGAUGCUGUAUUUUCCAGAAUAAAGUGACAGUUUCCCCCAAAGGUUUACUAAAUCAAAUAAAACUAAAACUUACCUUUUUAGGGCAAUUUCUACUCUCAGCAUGAUCCUCAUCUGUAACUCAAUGAGAUGAAGUGGUCUGGGUGCCUGUAGUGUCUCUUUAAUCAAUAUUAAUUCAUUCAUUCAUUCGCAUUGUAUAAUACCCUGGUUUCUCGCAGUUGGCCCUUUGCCAUUAUUUCAUUAAGGAUUUUUGGCAGCUUCCCAAAUAUUCGCUCCAUAUGGGGAACUGACAAGAUUUACAUAAUUACUUCUCUCCAAUAAUUUAUUCCCCAAACCCUAAACACGAGGAGGGGAGAGCCGCAGGACACGCACUGUGAAUAAUUAGUGAGGGCGAGUCUGGCAGAGGUAAAAUGUUCCUUACUAAUGAUUAAUAUCCGAGUUAUAAAAAUAAGGACAUCAUAGAUAAUAAGAGUACAAUCAUCUGAAAUAUCCCAAAUAUCUGGAAGGUGACAUAUUGGAAGUACUUGAAAGCUGAUAUACAUUGAAAGAUAAUUAUGUUACAAAGUGUACAGCGUGAUAGAUAUUUGGAUUUAUUUUUUGUUUUUUGCACAGUGUGGUCCCAGGAGAGUUGAUGUCAUGAUCAUUGAUUAUGAAAGCUGGUAAUUGGCUUUGUAGAUUUGUGACAGCGAAGUAUUAAUGGGUAAAUAUUGUGAACGGUCUUGGUUAGUUAUCAGGGAUGUUGAGGGUUACAUUAGGAUGUAAGCACACGUUUAAUUCAGGGGUUCAGAAACAAACGAGGUUCAUUACUUACAUCUGCACUGCAGCAAGCUAUAACCUGAUUGGUCACAAUAAAAUUAAAUGUCGAUUUUCAUAUUGCUGUGUUUAUCUUAUCCUGGGAACGAGCGGCUCCAUCUUGGCUCUGUGUCACCCAUUGUUAUUAUUAUUAUUAUUAUUAUUAUUAUUAUCGCCAUGUAUAUAGCGCCAACAGAUUCUGUACCGAUUUACAAUAUUAUUAGAGGGGGGAUUUAGCUAUAAAUAGGACAAUUACAAGAAAACUUACAGGAACAAUAGGUUGAAGAGGACCCUGCUCAAACGAGUUUACAGUCUAUAGGAGGUGGGGUAUAAGACAUGUUAGGACAGGAAAUAGUGAUCAAAUAAGGUGGGAGUGAAGCAGAGCUGGAGGAGAGAGUAAAGCACUGCCCUUUAGGAGAGAGCAAGAGACAGGUAUGUGAGGUAGAGGUUACUCUGGGAGGCCAUAAGCUUUCCUAAAGAGAUGGGUUUUAAUGCACUUCUUAAAUGAUUGAAGAGUAGGGGAGAGUCUGAUGGCGGUGGGCAGGCUAUUCCAUAGGAAAGGGUGCCCGUGAGAAGUCCUGCAAGCGCGAGUUGGCCAUACAGGUGCCAGCAGCGGACAGGAUAAGGUCACAGGCAGAGCGGAGAGACAGAGAAGGGGCAUACCUAUGGAUCUGUGAUGAGAUAUAAUAGGGGCUAGAAUUGUUCAGUGCUUUAUAGGUAUGGGUUAGCACUUAGAAUUGACUUCCAUAGGAUACAGGAAGCCAAUGUAAGGACUGACAGAGGACUGAGGUGUGAGAGGACUGACUAGAGAGGAAAAUCAGUCUGGCGGCAGCAUUCAUUACGGACUGUAGAGGGGCAAUACAGCUUUUGGGAAGACCAAUCCUGAGAGGGUUACAAUAAUCCAUGCAGGAAAUUAAUAGAGCAUGGACAAGCUCCUUGGUAGCAUCUUGCGUAAGAAAGGGCCGGAUGUUUUUAAGAUGGAAUCUACAGGAUUUGGCAACAUACUGGAUGUGAGGCUUAAAGGUGAGGCCAGAGUCAAGUAUGACACCAAGAUGGCGCGCUUGCAAGGAUGGACUUAUCUGGAUACCACUAACUUGAAGGGAGAGCGAAAGAGGAGGAUUAGUAUUAGGAGGAGGAAUGACAAGGAGCUCAGUUUUAGAGAGAUUGAGUUUCAGAAAGCUUUAGGACAUCCAGUCAGAGAUGAAAGAUAGGCAAGCAGUGACACGUUACAGGACGGCAGGGGAGAGGUCCGGGGAGGAGAGAUAUGUCUGGGUGUCAUCAGCGUACAGGUGGUAGUGGAAUCCAAAAGAGGUGAUAGGUUUGCCAAGAGAGGCAGUAUAAAGAGAAAAUAGAAGGUGACCAAGUACAGAGCCUUGGGGGACUCCAACCGAGACAGGAUGAGGGGAGGAGGUAUCAUUAGAAAAGGAGACACUGAAUGAACAUUGGGAGAGAUAAGAGCAAAACCCUGAGAGGACAGUGCCACAGAGACCAAGCGAUUGAAAAGUUUGAAGAAGGAGAGCAUGAUCAACGGUGUCAAAGGCAGCAGAGAGGUCUAGAAGAAUUAGUAUGGAGUAGUGGCCUUUAGAUUUAGCUGUGAUUAGGUCAUUAGUAACUUUGAUAAGAGCAGUCUCAGUAGAGUGGAGAAGGCGAAAUCCAGAUUGAAGAGGGUCAAGGAGAGAGUUGGAAUUGAGGAAGUGAGACACAAAGGCACACACAAGUCUUUCCAGAAGCUUUGAGGAAAAAGGAAGAAGGGAUAUGGGAAGAUAGUUAGAGGGGGAGUACGGGUCAAGAGAUGUUUUUUUCAGGAAAGGUACUACAGUGGCAUGUUUAAGGUCAGCAGGGACAACGUCAGAAGAGAGAGAGCCGUUGAAGAUGUGUGUUAAGGAAGGCACAAGACAAGGGGAGAGAGAUCUGAUAAGGUGAGAUGGGACAGGAUCGAGCGGGUAAGUGGUGGGGCAAGAGGAAAGGACAAACGCAGCCACCUCUUGUUCAGUAGCCAGGGAGAAAGUCUGAAGGGUAGUAAAGGCAUGCUCUAUGUGUGGCUGAGGAAGAUAACGGCAAGGUGGGGAGAAUUCUUUCCUUAGCUAUUCAAUCUUGUCGGUAAAGUAGCAUGCAAAGCUAUUGGCUGUAAGGUUAGUUUGAGAGGUGACCGAUGCAGGGCGAAGAAGAGAGUUAAAGGUGUCAAAGAGACGUCUGGGAUUGCGGGAGCAUGAACUAAUGAGAGAGGAAAAGUAUGACUGUUUGGCGAGGGCAAGGGCUGCGCUGUAUGAACACAAUAUGAAUUUAUAUUGGAGAAAGUCUGCCUGGGUGCGAGACUUCCUCCAGGAGUGUUCAGCACAACAGUAGCAUCUUUGCAGGUAGCGUGUUGAUUUAGUAUGCCACGGUUGGGGGCGUGUCCUCCUCGAGGUGCAUGUUUGCAGCGUUCAAGGCAGAGGUGAGGGGAGUGUUAUAUGUGGAGAUGGCCAGUGAGGGACAGUUGAGGGAAGGGAUGGAUAGCAGUUGUGCAUCAAUCUAGGCUGACAGCUGCUGGAGGUCAAUAGAAUUAAGGUUCCUCCUGAGUUGAGGGGGGUUCGGCUGAGGUUGUUGGGUGAGGGGGUAUUUGAGAGCAAACAAUAAGAGGUGGUGAUCAGAGAGAGGGAAUGGAGUGUUGCAGAUAUUAGAUACUGUACAUGCAUAAGGGAAAAUGAGGUUGAGGGUAUUGCCAGCUACAUGGGUGGGAGAAUUAGCCCACUGUGAUAGCCCAAUGGAGGAAGUAAUUGAAAGUAGUUUAGAGGCUGAUGAGGUCAAAGGUGGGUUAAUGGGAAUAUUGAAGUCCCCGAGAAUUAGAGAUGGAAUAUAAGAAGAGAGGAAGUAGGGUAGUCAGGCAGCAAAAAUGUCAAGGAAGAGGGUAACCAGGGGGGUGAUAAAUUACAGCAAUGUUAGCAGAGAAGGGUUUGAAAAGGCAAACUGAUGGGAAAGAGAGGGAAGGUGAGGGGCAGAGUUUUAAAGGAGCAGUGGGGUAAAAACAGAAAUCCGACACCGCCACCUUUAUUCUCAGCUUGUCUUGGGUUGUGGGUAAAGUGAAGACCACCAAAGGUUAGUGAGGCAGGUGUAGCAGUAUCAGAGGGAGACAUCCAUGUUUCCGUUAGUACAAGUAGGUUUAGGGAGUGUGAGAUAAAUAGGUCAUGGAUGGAAGUAGAUUUAAAGGUGUUGCACACAGAGCGUGCAUUUCAGAGGGCAGCUUUAAAGGCGGAAUUAUAGUGAGAGUUACAUGGAAUGGAUAUUAGGUUGUUGUGGUUUCUGGUGUUAUCACCAGGUGACUUAGUAGAGGAUGGACCAGGGUUUGGAGAGACAUCACCAGCUGCCAGGAGCAGUAGGAUGGAAAGUAAGAGAAUGUGGGAGUAAGAUUUAAAUAUUUGGGAUGUGUAUUCAGGGGAUUUAGGAGGGGUUUGUGGAGAAAGACUGGAUAUAUAUGAUUAAAGUGCAUGUGAUGAAUACAGAGAUAAGGGAAGUAGAGAGGGAGCAAUGAAGAUGGAACAGGUAAGUAAAGGGAUAGAGAGAUUUUAAUAAUGAGGGAAGUGAGAGAGAAAGUGAAAUAUAGAAGGGAGAACAUUAUUGGGAGAAUAGGUGCUGCAUUUUUAAGAUAUGGAGAAUUGAGCUGUAAAGAUUGCAGGUGAGAUUGUGAGUGUUAAGUGUUAAAAAGGUAUUCAUUGUGUGAAUUAAGCUAUUUUAGGUGUGGAGGGCUUGGUGGACAUGAUUGGUUUGUCAGGAAAUCCAGUUAAUUUGCUCUGUCCUUUGUAACAGUCAGCUAACACAGAAAGGGCAUAUAGAGAGUAGGAGAAAUGGAAAUAGUGAGGUUAUAUAGAAAGAGUAAUUCUGGGAUAAAGAUUUAAAAGUUUAGCAAUCGACACAGCCAAGCUUCAUCCCUGACAAGCACAUCAUUUUAAAGCAAAGACAUAUAGGGGCGCAAUCUGCCUCAAAAUGGCGGUUACUGCACCAGCUGCAGACACACUGAACCAACUGCAGACACUCGAGAGCGCCUAGACGACCUCCUUGAAAAUUUCUGGCAGAGAAUGCCGAACAAAGGGGCACAGACCCAGAGGGAGCCGCUACACCCGACAUGAAAAACCCCCUGGAGUGGCUGGCGGGAAGAAAAGACUGCACACGACGCCCAGGAAACGGAGACCAGCGAAGGCGGAGAAGGCGGCCCAUAUUAUCUGAGGCUCGCAUCUGCCUUCCUGGGCUGAGGGCCUGAAAGGGAAACACCCUGCUGCGUACCCCACAUGCCCGGACGGGACUUUUCCAUUACACAACCGCCCGGGACCUCGCUUGUGGUGUUGAAAGUGACCGGAGCAGUGGAAAGUGCACGAGGGCCCUUGCAAAGGUCUGGGGCCGGCGGAGUGGCCAAAAUUUAAUGCGGUCCAUAGACCAACCUGCUGGCAGCUUCCUGAUCGUGGGCAUAGGAUGAACGCAUAAACACACUCCUGGACUGUACCACAGCGAGCACACCGGGACUUACUCACUCUAAACAGGAAGAUACAUGUUGCCUCCUGAACGUUACCAGUAAUACCAUUAAUAUAUAUUCUGCUUUUGCUUUACUAGAAAAGUAUGUUUUUUCCCUUUUUUUCAGUCCAAUGGUCUAUUUCUUCACAUGCCUAGCUUGAUGCAGAUGUGCCCCAAAACAUAGAAACAUAGAAUGUGACGGCAGAUAAGAACCAUUCGGCCCUUCUAGUCUGCCCAAUAAAAAAAGCCUAGUGGUUUACGACUUAAGCCUGCUACGUAUAUGUCUUGCCGAACCCUGCAGAAUAUGCGGCCUUUAGCCUUUAUGUAUGUUUAGCCUGAAAUAAUUUAAUCUAAGAGUAUGCUAGCUCUAAGACGCGCUUUUCAUAGUAUUACUCCUUUAUUGUUAAUCGAAAUGUCUUAUUUUCACCUCGUUUUUACCUAACUAGUACAGGCUAUAACUUAAGACAUAAGUACCUAACCUGCAUUUACUAACAAAAAAUGGUGCCAUUCUUGCAUGCCAUAAUUCUGUAUUCACUGUAUUACUGUUUUGGCUUGUACAUGCUGUUGUGGCGAUAGGAGAUUGUUUGUGUUACUCACACACUGCAAAAAUAAAGAUUGACCAAAAAAAAAAAAAGUUUAGCAAUAACCAUGGAAACCAAUGGAACGGCCUCCGUUGAUUACACUUUUAGAAACAUACCCCUAAAUUACUCAUAGUAGCUGUCUCCUCCUUAUUUGCAUUGCGUGCCCUGGAUAUGCCAGCACUAAACUGGAUUAGGAUACAAAAACAUUCAUAUUUGUACACAGUCAUAAAUAUCUAAAUGUCGGCAUGCAGCUUCAGCAAUGACGUUUACCCCAAUGCCCUGCUUCGUGCCUGAGAAAUCAGAUAAAUGUCCCCUUCGGAAUAUGUGCCUGGCUUUCUGAGUGGGGACCCCAGUGAUUUUUCUAUUUAGCAACUUUAAUGCAGGCAUUUGGGGACAGAAUGGGUGAGACCCCUCAGUUAAUCCUUGCUGUUAGCCAAACAUAAAUUCCCCAGCUGCUCCCCCCUGGAUCCGCCACUGGACUCGAUUUAAUAUUUUAUGAUGAGCUUUUCAAAUUAUGUAAAAAAAAAUGUGUACAUUUGUGAAAUAAUUUUUCCAAAAAAAAUUACAAUUAUUAUUGAAAUAUAAAAAACAUGUCAUAUCAUUUAUAGAAAAAUAUAUGUUAAAAAUUAAAAGAUUAAAGCAUUUUAAAAGUUUAGCUUAUAUUAAAAAGUAUUUAACUAAGUCCACUGUGUCAACUGCUAAAACUUUAAAAAACAUUAAAAACAUGAGAACAAAUAUUAACCAAAAUUAUUAAGUUAUGUGUGAUUUUAAUGGUUUGCAGACUGGUGUAUGUGACAAUUUCCCUUUAGUUGUUUAGAAUCACAGUCAAUCACCUCCUCGUUCCCUUCACCGGUUACCAGUUACUGUGAUUAAACUAUUAAUUCUCUCUGCCAUCACCUCCAGGGCCCUAUUGGUGUGUUUAUAUUGUAUUGUUAUUUUCCCAGUUGUACAGCGCUGCGGAAUAUGUUGGCGCUUUAUAAAUAUCAGCAAUAAAUAAAAAAUAAUUAGGUUAUUUGUAUUCACAUUAUCCCAUUGCCUAAUGCAGCCAUGCUAAUACUUUCUUUACAUAUGUAUGCUGUAUUCCUCUUGGCUGUUCUUGUAAUGUAACUGCUUAUUCUGUCUCGCCAGAUGUAUGCAAAUGGCACAGACUUAUGCCAGACUGCCUGGGGAGCAUCGUUUGAGGUCAGCUCUUCUGCCUGCCACUGCCUUGACAUGACCGAGACAGACAGGAAUGUGAUAAAGUACAUUUUGGGUCAGGAGAACUCGGAGGAGAGUGGUGAACAGGAGGCUUGUAAGCCCAGGCUGCAGAAACUGCAAGAACAAGACGAGAAAGAGGAGGAUGAGAAUGACUGAGUCUCAGUGAGUAUGAGUGAAGAUAACCCAUCAAUGAGACAGAAUAUGGCUGAGUCUCAGAUAGUAUUAAAGGGACACUAUACGCACCAAGACUACUUUAGCUUGGUGAAGCAGUUUUGGUGUAUAGAUCAUGCCCCUGCAGUCUCACUGCUCAAUUCUCUGCCAUUCAGGUGUUAAAUCACUUUGUUUAUGCACACUAGCCACACCUCCCGUGGCUAAGUCUCACACAGACUCCCCAUGCAUUUCCUGUAAAGAGAGAUCUAAUUUUUACUCUUCACAGUCUGUUUAAUUUAUUUUCUUAUCUCCUGCUCUGUUAAUUGCUAGAGCUUGCAACAUCUGUUUGUGUGUGAUUAAUAAGGAAAAUUAAAUUACAUACUUACGUAGUAAUUUUCCUUUCCUGACUAUUUAUGAUGGCAGUAUUACUUAUAGGUAGCUCUGCCCCUAACCAGAUCAGGACAGGAUCAACCAAUAAAAAAAGAGAGCAAGAGCGAGAGACUGAAUGCAUAAAAGGUCCCUUCUCCUUUCAUACCACAGUUUAGUUAAAAAGAAAAGAAGGGUGGGAGAUUGAUUCUACCAUGAUAAAUAGCCAGAAAAUAAAAUUACUAGGUAAGUAUGUCAUUUAAUUUUCCAUAUUCCUGGCUAAUCAUGGCAGCAUCACUUAUGGGUAAUACCAAAGCUGAUAAUUGAAAGGGAGUGAAAUUUCUAAAAUUAAUUGACACAAAACUCUAAUUGCUGCAAAUGAUAUCUAAUUUUUAUUAUGCAUAGUAACUGCCGACAAGACUCUUUUUCCAAAGGAAAUAGUCGAAGAAUAAAGAUCCAGUUUGUAGUGCUUAAUGAAGGUAGUUGGAGUAGAACAAGUAGGUGCCCUAUAGAUGUCAUCCAGAGAAACCUCUGCCUAGUUAGCCCAGGAUGUAGCCAGGGAUCUGGUGGAGUGAGCUCUAAUCUUGGCUGGAGGAGUUAGUUUGUUCCGUAGGUAGGAGUCUGUUACAACGGAAGCUAUCCAUUUCCUUACGGUAGAGGAUGAGGCUGCUUCUCUCUACGAAGUCCGGAAGGGAGUACAUACAAUUUCUCUUUUUUUCUGAAGUCAGAGAUUAAAGAUAGGUACUUAAUUAUAUGUUCUCUCACAUCGAGUUUCCGGUAUUUCUCAUCUUCUGGAGUAGAUGAGGAAAAACAGAAGGAAUGGAGAACCACUUCUUGAAACAGAUGAAACCUAGAUACUACUUUUGGAAGGAAGUCUUCUCUAGGUUUUAGGAUCACUCUAUCAUGAAAAAUAAGAGCAUGAGAGACUGGAGGCACCGGGAACACUGUUUUAUAAAUGAGGCGUUGUAUGGAGAUAUCCCGUAGUGGUACAAAGGGAUAUUCUGUUAAGGCAUCCAGUACCAUUGGUAAAUCCCAUGGAGGAGCAGUGUUUCUGGCUGGAGGGUGUAGACUCAUUGCAGCCUUAAAGAAUCUCAAGAUGAGAGGGUGAAAUGCCCAUGAAGUAUUACCAAGGGCAGAUAGAGCUGAGGACUGUACCUUCAAAGUGCUUAGGUUUAGACCUUUGUCUAGGCCUGCCUGUAGGAUUUCCAAAAUAUGGAGGUGAGUAGGGUGUUGAAAUUCUAAGGAUUUUUUUUUUUGCCCAUUGUUUAAAGGUUUCCAAAAUUCUGUAGUAGCAAGAAGAAGUAGACUGUUUCCUUGCUUUCAGAAGAGUAUCAAUUACUGCUUCAGAUAGGCCUUGGUUAAGGAGGGAUCUCAUUUCAACAGCCAGGCCCCCAGGUUCCAACUGGAUGGGUUGGGGUGAGUUGCUGGUCCCUGGAUUAGAAGGUCCGAGGAGAUCGGAAGUACCCACGAAUUGGUUAUGGACAUUCUCAAAAGAAGGGGAUAACAAGGUCCCCUGGGCAAGAUCGAGAUAAUGGCCAUCAGGUUCUUCCCUUCCUUCCAAAUUUUUUUUAGUUCCCUGGGAAUCAGAGGCAGGGGAGGGAACACAUACCCCAGAGUUUAGAAAGGGCAUCUUGACCCAUGGAAUGAGGGUCUUUGGAGAGGGAAAAGUAGUUUGCCACUUGAGCAUUCUUUUUGUUGGCCAUUAGGUCUAUAUAGGGUAUGCCCCACCUCUUUGUGAGAGCUUGAAACACCUUGGGAUUCAGGUUCCACUCCCCUGGUAAUAUGCGUGUUCUGCUGAGGAAGUCCGCCAGAAUAUUUUCCGUCUCUGGUAGGUAGAUUGCAUUUAUCCCUUUGAUAUGAAUUUGUACCCAGGUCAUUAGGGGAGUUAUUUCUUGAGUUUCUUGCUCCUUGUGCCUCCUUGGUGAUUUAUAUAUGCCGCCACCGUUCUGUUGUCUGUCCGUUUAGAUAGCCAUGGACUUUUGAGUACUCUGUGGAGUUUCCUUACGGCAAGAUAAAUGGUCCUUAAUUCUCUUAGGUUUGAAUGAAGGCUCCUUUCUGACGGUUCUUCUAUAGGAAAUCCUCUCUGUAGAUUUUCCUGAUGAAGUCACCAUUCUAAUUGAUCUUUUACUUGGUGCGGAAUUUGAAUUAUUUGUUUCCAGUUGUUGAGUUUGUGGUUGAAUAAUCCUAUAGUCGAGGUUAGUGAGCCCAGAAUACUCAUGUAUUCUUUAGCUGUGGUGGAAGGCUUGGGAAGGACUUAAUGAAUCUUGUUUUCUAGUCUCUUUAUUCUUUCUUGUGAUAGGUAGAUCUUUGCUUCUAUGGUGUUGAUAUAUGCACCCAGGAAUAUUGCUUGUUGUGAUGGCAUUAGAGCACUUUUCUCCUUGUUGACAAUCCAUCCGUAUUCUUGUAGACAGUUCAGAGUCCAUAUGGUGUGGUGAGAGGGUUCUUGAAGAGAUGGAGCAAAUAUUAAAAUGUCAUCUAGGUAAUGGAAGAUGUUUAGACCUUGUUUCCUCAGAUGUGCUAUAAGGACUACCAAGAUUUUUGAGUAGGUCCUUGGUGUAAGGCUUAAGCCGAAAGGAAUGCCUUUGAACUGAAAGUGUCUUCCUGUAAUAUGAAAUCGGAGAAACUUGCGAUGAAGUGGGUAGAUUGGACUGUGGUAAUAUGCAUCCCUCAGGUCUACUGAUGUUAGCCAAUUCCCUCUGUUGAUGUUAGGAAUACUAGUGGAUUUGGAUUCCAUCUUGAAUGAUAGGUGUUUUAGGAACUUGUUGGUUUUCUUCAAAUCUAUUAUUAGUCUCCAUUUCCCAUUGGGUUUUGGGGCCAAAAAUACUGUUGAAUAGAUACCUUUGUAUCUCUCUGAAUGAGGAGCAUCUUCUAUGACUGCUUGGUGAAGUAGUUUUGAGAUGCAGGGUAUCAUAGCUUCCCCUUUUUCCCCUAGAUGUUUUCUUGACUUUUUGAAGCAGUUGCUUGGAGGAAAGGAAUCAAAUUCUAUUUUGUAGCCCUGAUCGAUAGACAUGACCCAGGAGUCUGUUAUAUUUUCGGCCCAGACAGAUAGAAAAUGAUGUAGACUUCCUACUAAGCAGUCUGCAUGGCCCUGUAGAAGGUUUUCAUAGGAACACAAGAUCCCCUUCCUCUAUUGUUUUUUGCUGAUGAUGAAGAAGGCUUCUCCAAGAUGCAUUUCUGCUAUAUUCAUUCCUUGGUCAGUAAGAUCUGUUCUCUCGAAAAGACCUGUCUCGAAACCUCUUGUCUCUCCAUGAGGCUGUGUAUGGGGUUCUCUUCCCUUGAGGCAGAAAUGCUUUUUUGCUGUCUGUUGCUUUUUGGAUAGCUUCAUCGAGGAUCUUUCCAAAGAGGAGAUCGCCCUGGAAAGGAAGAGAGCAAAGGGAUGAUUUUGAAGAGUAGUCAACUCCCCAAGAGUGUAACCACAGAGCCCUUCUGGCUGAGACAGAUAAUGCCAUGCUUUUGGCAAUCAACUUGGAGAUAUCCAGGGAUGCUUCUGAGCUGAAGUCUGCUGCAAGUCUGAAGUCCCUGAGGUUGUCAAGAAGGUGUUCUCUUCUAACUCCCCUUUGGAUAUCUUCUUCCUGGCUGUCUAUCCAAACUUUAAUAGCUCUGGAUAAGGUGGUAAGGGAUAUGGUUGGGUGUAAAGCUGAGCCAGGAGCCAAAUAAGCUUUUAUUAGGUUAGCAUCCAGUCUUUUCUCCAUUGGUUGUCUCAAAUAGGCCAUGGCAUCAAUGGGAAGUGUGGUACGUUGGCUAUUUUAAUUACUGCAGCAACAAUUUUUGGAAUUAUUAUUUUAUUAUUUAUAUAGCGCCAACAAAUUCCGUAGCGCUGUACAAUGGGUGGACUAACAGACACAUAACUGAGAUCAGACCACUGACGUACAGGAACAGAGGGGGUUGAGGACCCUGCUCGAUGAGCUUACAUGCUAGAGGGAGUGGGGUAUAGUGACACAAAGGGUUAAAGUAGGGGAAUUACAUAGUUUGUUACAGAAGGGUUUAUUGAGUGCUUGGUAGGUCAUUUUUGACAGGUGCAGGAAUGGAGUCAUGGGGUGGGGGAUGAGAAACCAGCUGACAGUUUAAUUGAUACGCUUUAAUAAAGAAGUGAGUUUUCAAAGAUUUUUUGAAGGAGUGGAGGCUGGGUGAAUGUCUGAUUGAGGAGGGAAGGGAGUUCCACAGAAUAAUUGCAGUCCAAGUCUCGCAAUCUUUGGAGGUAAAUGGAUAGAUUCUGGGAUUCUUGUUUUUGAGUUUUACUUUUUUUCUCUGGUUUUACCCAUUCAUUAAGGAUCAUUUCCUUUAUGGAUGUACCAGAAAUGAGGGAUUUGAUGAUCUUAGAUCUUCAAAGAAUGUGUCAGAUUCUAAGGAUUCUGACUUUUCCUCUUGGAAUUUUAGAGUAUUAGAAAGAUAAGUUUCUUUACUGAUUUGGAGUCCAAGGAUUUAGGGCCAUACUCCGUAUCUUCCUCCUCUUCGUCAGUGAUAUCCUCCAAGCAUUCCAGCUCAGACUCAGAUGAGGAAGAAGAGGUUUCCGUUCUUUGACAUUUUGUGGAGGAGAUAUUUUUGGUAGUAGCCGUGAAGCCUUCAGCUAUGGCUUGAGAUAUCCAGUUUUUUAGUUCUUUUUGAGGAGAACUUUUGCUGGGCUGUCUAUCUGCCACUUCUGUCAUACAGGCUAGACAUCGAUUUUUACCCUCUGGAGCUGUAUUAUUGCAGGCCAAGCAGCGAUUCGAUUUAUCCUUGUAUUUUCAUGGGGAUCUAUCCCGGCUCAUGCAGUGGCUGCAAAUUAAAAAAGGCCAUGUAAGCAACUAUGGGGCCCAUUUGGCACUCUUUUAUUCCCCUUACAUAUAUACCAACUUUGGCUCACCUAUGUUUCUUUAAACCUGAACGGUAGGAGGCAGAGGGAGAAGACAUCUAUAAAAGGAACAGAAUAAAGUGUAAUGUUGGAAAAAAAACUAAAAUAUUUUUUUUUCCUUUUAAAAUAUUUUAAGAGGAGCUAAAUAAAUUUUUACCUUGAAGCGAUAAGAGACAGAAUACGGGCAGUACCGAAUAGAAUACCAAAUCUUUAGAAGGAACAGAUUUGCAACUUGUCUCUUCAAGAACUGAAAGGAAAAACUGUAUCUUUAAGUGAGGAGUGUUCGUGCGUGCUCAGACCGUUCGGUAGAACACAGCCAUUUUCUUAGAUUCGUUUGCGCCAAUUUAUGAGAACAAGGAUAUAAGCGAACUGAUGCCAAGCCGGGAAUCCCUUUAAAAGAACCAAACAAGGGAAUACUUACCAAUAUGUGAGGCUUACCUAUAUGCGAGCAUGUUCAAACUCCCGAAUGAAAGAUUUUCACCGAACCAGUAAGUACACAAAAGAUAUGAAAAAGGAGGAUCGAAAAACUCCUGAAUGGAAUAAAGUAAAUAGUCUUUCUCCCAGAUUGCCUCUAGGUUCUGUUGGGGGAAAUAUAAGGCUUCUGAUAUUUCUAUGGAGCCGUAAUUCUCAAGUCUUAAUAUUAUGACAUAGAAGAUUCAAACUACUAAUUUUGAAUCUGACCCAGUUAGUCCUGGUCAUGCGGGCUGUUUACUGGGUCCUUCAGGCACAGAGAGGCUGAACUGGGCCUGGGAGACCCAUGGUACACAUAAGAAGGUGGCCAAAAAAGAGAAGUUGUAAAAUUAUACCUGUCUGGACAGGAAAAAAGACUGAGGUAUGAAAGGAGGAGGGACCUUUUACGCAUUCAGUCUCUCUCUCUUUCUCUCUUUUUUUAUUGGUUGAUCCUCUCCGUAUCUGGUUAGGGACAGAGCUACCCAUAAGUGAUGCUGCCAUAAUUAGCCAGCAACGUUUAUUUACCAUGCAAGAUAACUAACUUCUAAAGUAAACACUGUUUGCUGUCAAGGGAAGUGUGGCUAGGGCUGCAUAAACAGAAACAAAAGUGGUUUAACUCCUAAAUGGCAGAGAAUUGAGACGUGAGACUGUAGGGACAUGAUAUAUACACCAAAACUGCUCAGUUAAGCUAAAGUUGUUUUGGUGCAGAGAGUGUCCCUUCAAUAAAAAUAAAGUGGAGACCCGUCUGAUGGUGGGAAAAAGACUAAUAAAGGGUUUAUCCAGAGUUUCUUUGCAGAAUAUUACAAUGAAAGAACGGGUCACUGAACUAAAUUUACAGCUGUGGAGCCCCCGGUGGAACAUUUUCUGUGGACAUUCCAAUGAAAAAUGGAUGUGGAGGCCCUAACCAAAGGGUCUCCCAUCCUUGACAUCUAUUAUAAAGGAAUAGACCUAAAGUCUCCUUAAAGACUUAGAGGCUCUGUCACUUUACAGGUUUUUAAAUUAAUCCUUUUUGUCACUCGAGUUUUUCUCGUUUUAUUUUUAAUUCAUCUUAGUUAUUUUUUAGUUAAAAAUAGGAUAAUGUAGGGACUACUUUUUCUCACGUGAUCUUUGGCUAAUUUCGGCAAUGGGCGGGGCUUAAACAAAGUUCCAUUUCAGUUGCUGAGCUAAUUUACCCACAAUCCAUGAUCAAAAGAAUCCCACCGAGGGCAAACUGCAAACAUCAUGGAAGGUGUAGAACAAAAUGGAGGCGCCCGGGUAUUAAAGGGAUCCUAUAGUGCCAGAAAAACAAACCCGUUUUUCUGGCACUGUACGCUUCUGGAGUGCCCCCCUCCCACGGGGCUGAAGGGGUUAAAACCCCUUUAGCCACUUACCUGAAUAAGACCAAAUGCACAUGUGCGUCAAUGGCCGCUUGCGCAUUAGACCUCCCCAUAGGAAAGCAUUAUUCAAUGGUUUCCUAUGGGGAACAUCUGACGCUGGAGGUCUGUUAGGACGUCCAGCUUCAGAUAACGGACAAAGUGUCCAUUUGGAUUCCGGAAGCCCUCUAGUGGCUGUCUCUUAGACAGCCACAGAGGGCAGACUUAGAGCUGGAACUCUGGAACUGCAAUGUUUUAGAUUGCAGCACUAAGUGCAAAAGGGUCACAGCACCCAGACCUCUUCAAUGAGCUGAAGUGGUCUGGGUGCCUACAGUGUCCCUUUAAGAUUAUAUGGAAAGAAAGUUAUAAUGUAACGUUACCUCUCCGCGGCGAUGUGCAAUCCGAGAGGUGAUGUCACUUCCGUUUUCAGCUCCACAACAUUCCUGGCACAUUAUUUUGGUUAAAAUAAUCCUCACUAUGCCGGUCUGCUCCCCUUUCCAAUUAAAUAAAUAAAAAUAAAAAAAAGUGGUCUGGGUGCCUACAGUGUCCCUUUAAGAUUAUAUGGAAAGAAAGUUAUAAUGUAACGUUACCUCUCCGCGGCGAUCCCAGAGGUGAUGUCACUUCCGCAUUCAGCUCCACAACAUUCCCCGCACACCACAACGUUGCGGUGCGUCUCUCUGACAUCAAUGUUAAAGCUACAUAGCGUUUGUUUAUGAAGUCUGCACACAUUGAUGACAUCACAUUGCCCUGUAUCCAAUGAAUACCCAGUAUAGGAUAUAAAAUACUUUCUAGCUAUCACUAUGAUUUCUGUAUACCGGUUUGUUCCCCGCGUCUGUCUACCUUUGUUAUCCUUGACCUCAGCCUGCUCACGUUUACUCGGUGUCCGCUUGCAGAUGUUCGUUUUUAUUUACUCUGUGCUAGUCCGGCCGCUCUGCGGUCCGAUACGCACUACUGUCCUGUCUCUACCAAGGUUUAUGAGUUAGCGUCAAGUCAUUCUUGGAAAAUAAAUAUAAAUAAAUACAAGUAGUAAAGAGGGGAGUAUAAUCAUUAAAUCCCAGCGUCAUUAGGAAAGGAAAACUGAAAGAUAUAAAAAACACUUUAAUAGCACACCAGUAUUAGGUGGUGCUUGUAAUGAGUUUAAUAGCAGGGCAGUGACAGACUAAACCAUACAGCUCCCAGCUGUCUCCGGGAUGAGUUUUCGUUAUUCUUUGUUAACUGACUCGUAUUUUACUGGCUCUGACUCUAUUAAACUCUCUAUAUUGCUCUGAUAAUAAAUCGCAGCCUAGGGCCACGGAGUUACUGUGUGACGGGCGGGCAGGCUAAACCAGAUUGUAUAACCAGAUUGUACGUUUUUAUAUGAUUAUUGCCGGAAGUGCUAAACCACAGUUUAUUUUCUUUAGAGAGGAGUGUCUAGCCCAGAUUACUCACUAAGGACUGAGCUUUAUUUAACAUUUCGUGGAGAUAAAGAAACAAUCGGCUAAUCUGGACGCGGUGCGCGCAGGGUGAUUGCUUGAGGCAUCUAUGUAUCAGCUGACAAAACAGAACUGUCAGCAGAAACUCUCAUCACGCGAUAUCGUACAAACACGUGAAAAAAGCAUUUCAAACCCUCCGGCACUGCGUGGGUUAAAGGAUUGGUUUUGUUAGAGUUCAAUGCAGGAGGAAGCAAAGCCCAACAUGUAAAAUAUGUUACUUAGAAUAGCUUUAUUAAAGAAAAUACUGAAAAUGAGAAUAUUGCUGACAACAGGCGAACAAUGGCGGCACGCUGCUGCCCAUGUCCUCUUCCUCAGCCCGCACUCCCUGACAUACCUCCCCCUCUAGCAAGGGGGAAUGACGUCAGUGGAGAAGGACCAGUCUGCCAGUAGAACGUGGCCUGGGUGCUGGACUAGAGGUAAGUUGUAGCUUUAUUUUAUUUUUAUUUAUUUAAUUGGAAAGGGGAGCAGACCGGCAUAGUGAGGAUUAUUUUAACCAAAAACAGUGUUGUAUGAAAACAUUAUUUUUUUUGGUUCGAGUAACUCUUUAAUAUAUGGAAGGCAGAGUUAAAAUAAAAGAGUAAAACAAAUAUUGCAAAAAUAUUUAAUAUUUAAUUUUGCUUAUUUGACACAAAUGGACUUGUCUUCAGUUUUAGAAAACAUCUUGUCUGUCUGUUUUAUAUUAUUUGAUGCAUUUAGUUUUUUUGUAUUAUUCGUGUAUUGUCUGUCCUUAACCUGUUCCAUUGUCAACGCUUUUGGGAAAUGAAUCAUUCCCAAAUACCGGGGUCAUUUUUAACAGGUUGAUGAUGGUAUUUGGGAAGUAAAUUCUGUCAAGCUCCCUAUCCUCUGUGUACAACUCGGACCCGUACAAAUCAAAGCAUGGAGCCUGUGCAUAUAAGGAGGUUGGGAGGAAGAAGGGAUUAUUAAUUAAUGUGAAAAUUGCUGAGCAUGCCAAAUAUCUGAGUUUUAACCACACUAUUUGGGCCUAAUAUGUAUGAGUUAUGGGCUUUAUAUGCGACAGCAAGCUGGGGGAAGAUUACAUUUCUUUUUUUACGUUUAUGCUCACCUUGUGACAUUUUAUCAUCAUUCUCAGGGUUGCUCAGUAUUCCAUGACAAUUCUGACCUUCACCUUGUAAGAUCAUUGCCCUUGCAGCAUGUCAGGGAAAUGUAUGAAAUACAAGGGAUAAAGGGACAGUGAAUGGUAGUGUGUAUAUAUAUAUAUAUUCUCUUAGUCCAAAAAUUCUGCUUCAGUAGUGUAAAUGCUGCCUUUUCUAGUAACAUUUACACUACUGCCUAAGGCCACUGCAGACAACCACUAGUGGAUCUUCUUGGGUUUAGUCCUGCAAAGUCCUGCAAUGAUUGGAAGACCAAUGUUCACUAUCUCCACGUUCGUCAUGGAGACGCUGAACGCUCCCCAUAGACAUGCAUUGAGUCAAUGAAUCUCUAUAAGGAGAUGCUGAUUGGUCCAGUGCAUAUGAACUAGUGUCUCAAUGCAUCCCCAUGGGAAAGCAUUGGAUUGGCUGAGAUCAUCAGAAUGGAUGAUCUUAGCCGGGGAGGCAGGGCAGCCGCCAGGGGAAAUAGGGUAAUUAAAAGAUUUUUUAUUUUUUUUAUACUACUUUUGUGGGUGCGGAUAUCUAAGUAGGUAGUAUAACACAACACUAGUAAGAAUACUAUUUUCCUAAAGCUAAAGUGUUCCUUUAAGAAAAGAAGCACUUCUGUGACUAUUAUUUUUACAUAGCCUAUGAAAUAUUUCUCACUAAUUAUAAUACUAUUGGAUUCUGCGCCAUUAAUUGAAAAAAAAUAAAAAUUAAUGAUGGUAAGGAAAUAUCCAGACUAAGUGAAGUGUCUGAAUAAAAUUUACUUUAAAUCUGAGAGAGGAACAUGUGGCUCGGUGACUGCUGAAAGUUGAGUAAAGUACAAAGGGGAACCUUUAUUACAGGGAACCUUUAUUGUAGCAAUCUCAUUGUUAAGAUUUACGAGGGGAAUGAAUUAUUGACCCUGACGCAUUUUGUGCCCUCUUUGGCACUUCAUCAGAGACUGCCUUUUUUUUCUCCUUGCUUCUUGUGGAUUGAGACAUUAUUUUAUCUCCUGAGACCGAACUUGUCGCGCAAAUAUAUAUUCCAUCCAUUCUAAAAAUAGAAGUGGUCAUGGUGAUUGGACUGACAUUGUAACUUUAUAUAUAGGUACAGAUAGCAAAUGUUUUACAUUAGUGAUAUUUUUUCUCUUGACACAGCAAACAUAGCAGGAGAAGGUUUGGCACAAUGCUAUAUGCUUACCUGGUACGUUUCUCUCCCCAGGAUCCACCUGACUGGAGCAUUCGAUGAAGGAACAUGGCGACGGCUGUAGACAAUUUAGUAAAUUCUUUAUGUGAACAAUAUGAGGAGUUAACAUAUAAAUACAGAAUUACUGACAGA